GACUACGCAAACCUGAUUUCUCCCAUGGAUGAAGAAGAUCGACAAUGUUACCCUCGAUGGCAGAGCUGGCGAAUAUCAGAAAAGUUUACACCAGGGCAGUAGGAGGAAAAUGUGUGACCCUCGUUGUGCAGAAAUGAGAACCGUUGGAAGUUCUGCACAAGUGGAUCGGUCCAAGCUCAACCCCACAGUCGCGCGACCGAUGACAGCAUCGUGCCGCAUCCUAGCCAGCUCCAACAACAACUUUCUUGGAGUUUCCAUCACCCCACCAUGUUGCAGUUGCGUGAAGUCUUGACAGCAUCCCUUGCAUUAUUGUGACAACUUGAUCAAACUUGAAUAAUGGUCUUAUUAGAUUUACUCACAAUAGCUGGACUUCCCACAGCCGUAGGCGCAAGCGAAGCCGUUCACCAACAGCAGCUACUUGACGAAGAGGCCGAAGCGCCAGAACGCCAGGAACCCUUCUACCUAGAUGUAUAUUGCGAUGCGCAGUCAAGAAAGAGGGAAGAGGUCCACGGCGCAAUCAUUGUCUUGAAAGACGGCAAGCUUCGACUAUGGCCGAAAGAUUCUAAGACUGGCCUGCCGAAAGAAGACCCUGACAGCGGAGAGACGCCUCACCCCUUCACAGGCUUCUUCUACCCCUUCCCAACCGAAAACCUCGACCUUCCCCACCGGCCCAUGCCCGCACCUCCCAUCCUGGGGCUCGUAAGCACGAUACCGGCCUCACCGAAGGCGAAGUCGAACACCAUGCGUCCAAAGUUGAAUUGGAUCUACGCGGACAGCGAGACGCGAGAGCUCAAGUACGGUCCUAGGUCAGAAGCAAAGCAUCACACAGUGGGUCCAUGGGACUGGACAGAGGAUGAACAGGGUUUGACGCUCGAGGAUGAGGAGAGCUUGGUAGCUGUGGAAGAGGAGAAGGGUGGGUAUGGGUGGGCGGUGUAUUGGGACAGGGAAGACGAUCGGCUGAAGCAAUGGGGUGUGUUGGAGGAGAAGAGGGUGUUGAGGUGUAGCCUCGAGAGGAGGCUGGUGGAAGAGAAGGAGAUGGGUGGGUUGGAUGAUCUAUAAUCUGCGUCAAUCAGUUGUCCAGUUAUGCUGUUCGUGCCUUUGCGAGCCUUUGUGGUUGAUCUCUUGCAAAGCAUCUGCUGGCCAGAUCCCCGUGUCUUACUUCCAAUAACAUCUCCAAGCA